AUGUUUGAUAAAAUCUAUCUAAUUCUGUUCAUUAUCUAUCUAUCUAUCUAUCUAUCUAUCUAUCUAUCAAAUUCUCUUCAUUAUCUAUCUAUCGAUUUAAUUCUUUUUAAAGCAGCCUUUCUUUCUAACCGGAUAUCCGGUCGGCCACCCUUCUACUUUCCUAUUGAAAUCGCCUUCCGCUCCUGGUUAAACAUCUAUUUUCUUUCUUUUAUUUUUCACUUUCUUUCUUUCUUUCUUUCUUUCUUUGUCAUUUUUCACUCAUUAAUUUCAUGUCUUGUCUCUUCUCCUUCGUGUCUUCUCCUUCUGAUCCUAUUUCUCUUCUUUUUGCACUCUUUUUCAUUUUCAUACUCUUUCUUAUUAUUAUUCAAAUCAAUUCAGAAUUUCUUUCACCGAGUUCAACAUUUUUCGUUCAGUAUGUCAACUGAAUAUUUACUUUUUCACCGAUGUACCCAUUUCUUCUUCUUCUUUAACUGUAUUUGCUUUUCUUCGUUAUCUCACUGCUUUUCUUUGACUAUAUUCUUUUUCGUCAUCAUCUUCUUUGUCUAUAUUUUUCUUCCUUUUCUCCCUUAUCGCAUUUUUUGGCUCCAUUUUUCUUCUUCCUCGUCUGCAUUGUCUCUACUUUUCUUCGUUAACUCAUUGUUUUUUUUCUUCUUUCUCUUUGUCUAUAUUUCUUCUUCGUCUUUUCCUUCGUUGUUUUCGUUUUUCGUCUUCAUCUUUGUCUUCAGUUUUAUUCCUUUUCUUCGUUGUCUCAUUUUCUUCUUCCUUUCCCUCCGUUUCUUCUUCGUCCUUUUCGUCAUUGUCUUACUUACCUCCACAUCCACUCGGAAACAGCAACAUAUUCUUUUUCUACUUCUUUUUCCACUUCUUUUUCUUCUUCUUUAUAGAUUUGUUCUUCUUUAUCAAGAAGCUCUUUUUCAUGUUUUCCUUCGUCAACACAUUUUAACCUUUCCUGUUUUCCUUUGUUCUCCUUUCCUUUCAUUGUUGCCGGUUAGAUUAUCCAAAAAAUUUCAUAGUUUCCUCUUUUUCUUCUUUUCUUUUCUCUUCUUCUUUUUCUUUUUUUUCUUUCUUUCAUUUGCUCCUUUUCUUUCUCUUUUAUCUCAUGCUAUUAUAAUUCCCCUUCAUCUUCGUUUCUUUUUCCAUCUUUUCUCUCUCGAUUGUUAA